AAAGAAGGAAAAUAAAAUCCAGCAAAUCACAAACUACUAUCUCCUUCCCCUCUCUUCCCUCUCCUCUUUUCUCCAUCGUCAGAUCUAAAAACUUUUCAUUCUUUCUUUCUCUGUUUCUCCCUCUCUCCCUCCCAACUCCCGCGCCAAAUACAAAACCACCCUCUCCUCCCCCUCUUUCUUUCUCCAGGUUUUCUAAGUGAGAUGGCGGAUAAUCCGACGAGUCCGGCGGCGGGGAGCCACGAGAGUGGUGGUGAACAGAGCCCGCGGUCAGGGGUGAGAGAGCAGGAUAGAUACCUGCCAAUUGCUAAUAUAAGUAGGAUCAUGAAGAAGGCGUUGCCAGCUAAUGGAAAAAUUGCAAAGGAUGCUAAGGAUACUGUUCAGGAAUGUGUUUCUGAGUUUAUUAGCUUCGUUACCAGCGAGGCGAGUGAUAAGUGUCAGAAGGAGAAGAGAAAGACAAUCAAUGGGGAUGAUUUGUUGUGGGCAAUGGCAACAUUAGGAUUCGAGGAGUAUAUUGAUCCACUUAAGGUGUACCUGGCUAGGUACCGGGAGGUUGUUUUGGAAUCUAAUCUUCUGACUCUUCUUUUUUCUCUGGUUUUAUUGGAUGAUGCAAUGCCACAGCUGGAGGGUGAUGCAAAGGGAUCUGCUAGAGGUGGAGAUGGAUCUUCUAAAAGGGAAGCAGUUGGAGGUCUGCCUGCUCAAAAUGCACAGUUUGCUCUUCAAGGAUCCAUGAAUUAUAUAAGCCCACAAGGACAGGGACAGCAUAUGAUCCUUCCUUCCAUGCAAGGCAAUGAGUAGGAUUCGGCUUUGCUUUUGUCAAUUCAAUGAAUUCUAGUGCUGGCAAAACUCUUUAGUUUCAACACUUGUAGAGUCUUUUGCAUUAGUUGAUCUGAUUGAAACCAAAGCGCUAUGCAUUUUGGCGGCUUUGGUUUUUGGUUAUUGUUGGAGGUGGUUUAAAUGUGGUUGGUGCCGUCAUCAGCAGAGCAGCUUACUGGUCAGAUUAAGUUAUGUAAAUUUGCCCUUUAUCUAAUAUAUACUCUUCCGAGUAUUGCCAGGAUGGUUUCUUGGAGCA